GUGAUGCGGCAUUUGUGAAAAACGCAAGACAUGUUAGCCGUAAUAUGACCAAACAUGCCUUUGCAAAAUGGAUAGCAUCGCUUAUUCCAAACGAAGCUCAGCCAAUGAAAUACUAUUCAUUAGACUUGACUGGCCAUGUACCUGAUCAUGGAACUUCACAUGUUGUAGCAAUUGAUCAUGAAGGAAAUGCCGUUUCGGCGACUAGCUCAAUUAAUCAAUUAUUGGGCUCGAAGAGAAUGUCUCCAACCUUGGGCAUAAUUUGGAAUGACUCAAUGGAUGAUUUCAGCUCACCAAAUUUAACCAAUGCCUUUGGCUUUUCGCCAUCGCCUGAGAAUUUUAUAUUACCCAAAAAAAGGCCAAUGUCUUCUAUGAGCCCCACAGUAUCAAUUAAUAUUUAA